AACAGGCAAGCAAAGCCAACCAACAGGUUGGCAGGGGUGUGCCAAAAGGAAAGCUGGCGCUUAUUCUGCAAUGACAGAUUGCAUAGAGUAGCUGCCCUCACUACAUGGUUAAGGUCACCAGGACUCAGGAGCUGCCUGUCUUGUUCCCCCAUCAACCAUCAACCCAUCUAAAGAAGACAUGGCCGUGACGUCCACCACCACUGUGAUCACAGUCGGCGGGGCCCCCAGCAGCCCCAGCAGCUGGUCCACUGAGCUCUGUGACUGCUGUACAGACACCAAAACCUGCUGCUGUGGCUUCUGGUGCUUCCCCUGCAUGCAGUGCAAGGCCGCGGGGGACUUCGGCUGGUGCUGCGCCAUGCCCCUGCUGGACUUCUUCUGCUGCGCCGUGUCCUGCUGCCUGCGCGCCUCCAUGAGAGAGCGAUACAACAUUAACGGUUCGGGCUGUAAUGACUGCUGUGCGUUGAUGUGGUGUUACCCGUUCGUCUGGUGCCAAAUGGCUCGGGAAGUCAAGAUCCGCAAGCAUGGAAGUGCACCGCCCACCACUACGGUGAUCACCAACCAGGUCACCUCACGCUAGGGGCUCCGAGCCAGGGGCCACUAGGGAGCCAAACUGAAGCUAGUGGCCCUGGCCUUGGCUGUUUCCAAUCUAGUGGUCUGACCAGUAGAUUGGUAGUGAAGACUUUUAAGGUCUUAGAUUAUUAUUUAGAUUUAGAGAAAAAUAUUCGAAAACAAAUGCGUGCCGAAAAUAUGAAAUAAGUUGCAUACAAAUUGCAGUGUAAAAUGACUGGAGAUACAAAGUCAGUUGCCCGUUGAAAGAUUGUGCUACAUUAAAAUAUAAUAUAUAUAUCAAUAAGGUUAAACAACACAAAGUCUGACAUGGAAAGACCUCCUCACAGACCUAUGGGGUGCAAUAGAUACACUGGGGAUUUGCAGGUGUUGUGGGAGAGGGAUAUACAAGUAAUCGAUGCACUGGCAUUUAUCCAGUGGACAUUCCAGUGCAUUAGCUCCAUGUCUGUGAUUUUAGAAUUGUGCAUUCAGUGAGGAAUGGUGAUCUCAAUAAUGUGAAGAUCUGUUGUAUAUGUAUAGUACACA